UGGUUGCAGUCCAGCAAAAAUGGAAAGCAAGUCUGAAGACCACGGUGUUGAUUACCUGUGUUCAAGAAAAAAUGAACUUAUGAUCUGAUCAAGGAGACCAUCCCUAGAAAAGAAGAGGAAAUAGAUGAAUUAUCCAUGGGACAAGCUACUGUUUCUGGAAGACAAAGGAAAAAGAGGGAGACCGGUGAAGAAUGAAGUCCUGUUAGGUGUAUGCUCGUUUGCUUUGAUGGGACAGUUGGGUCAUAGCGCAGUAAGGAAGCCAUGCACAGGAAUAUCUCCAACCAAACUUCUGAGGCUUCAGGAGAUACCCACUAUAACUAUCUGGCCUUGAUCUUCGGGCUCAUACUGAUUGUAUUUAUUAUCUGUGGGAAUGUGUUAGUGUGUCAUAGUGUCUGGACAGAGAAAGCCCUAAAAACCACCACCAAUUAUUUCAUAGUUAGCCUGGCUGUAGCUGACCUUCUUCUAGCUGUCCUUGUUCUCCCACUUUAUGUGUAUAUAGAGUUUAUAGGAGGGGCCUGGACCCUAAGCCUUGUCCUUUGUGAUGCCCUCAUGACCAUGGAUGUCAUGCUCUGUACAGCUUCCAUCUUCAAUCUCUGUGCGAUCAGUGUAGACAGGUUCAUAGCUGUCUCAAUCCCACUGAACUAUAACAGACGACAAGUGGAUAACCGCCAACUCUUCCUGAUCUCUACCACAUGGAUUUUUGCCUUUGCUGUGGCCUCCCCUGUCAUUUUUGGGCUGAAUAAUGUCAAAGACAGGGAUCCAACUGAGUGUAAACUGGAAGACAAUAAUUAUGUAGUGUAUUCUUCUGUCUGUUCCUUUUUUAUCCCAUGUCCAAUAAUGGUAGUACUGUACUGUGCAAUGUUUCAUGGACUCCGCAAGUGGGAAGAAACCAGGAAAUCUAAGUUACGGAGUCACAUGUCCCCAAGACCUAAGCCACCAAGCCAAACACUCAUAUUUGAUAAGAUUGAUAGGAUUGAACGUAGUCCUACAGACAGCAAGCUGGAUGAAAUUAUGUAUGACCAAUCAGACUGCCCUUUCUCCAAGGCAUAUGUGGACAAUGGCCAUGGAAUACAAAGUAUAGCUUACCCUCAUCUCAAAUAUUCAUCAAGUAUGGAGCCAGAACGAAAACACUCAAAGAUCAACGGGCGAGAGAGAAAAGCAAUGAGAGUUCUUCCAGUUGUUGUUGGUACUUUUCUUUUCUGCUGGACGCCGUUUUUUGUGGUGCACAUUACACGCGCACUGUGCGAGACUUGUUACAUUCCAGAGCCUCUCUUCAGCACUGUCACAUGGUUGGGAUACGUCAACAGCGCCUUGAAUCCUGUUAUCUACACAAUUUUCAACACUGAGUUCAGGAACUAUUUCCGUAAAGUGCUUCGAAUGUGCUGCUGACCCUGUUGAAUGUUGGACAAAAGUGUGGGCAAUGUGUUCUGGUCUUCUACAAACUUGAGAGCACAGCUCUUCUGAGCAUUGGCCUCACCCAA